CAUGUCAACAUAAUGUUAGGUUCGUGCAUGUAAGUUGGAUGGUGCCUUUUGUUAUAAAUGCUUUUUGGAGAAAUAUAUUGGAAGUAUCAAUACUUCAAUUGUAGUAAUAUUUACUUACCAUAUUUAGAAAACUGGGAGUAUCAAGAAAAAUAGACGAUGUUAGGUUCGUGCGUGUAAGUUAGAUGAUGUUUAUGGUAAAAUUGAAGAAUUAAGGUAUAAAGAAACGAGAUACCUUCGUAAAGUUUAUGGAGAAAGUCAAUAGGAAAGUUGAAAAGUGUGAAUCAAGAUUGAUGAAUGAAAAGGCAAUGAAAAGUUAGGAAUCUUAUUCCAAGGCAACCAAGUUCAAUAUUUGAUCAGAAAACCACAUCUUAGAAUCAAGGUUUGGAAUCUUUUAUUUUGUAGUUUGGUAUCAUCCUGCAGACAAAGCAUUCUAGGUUUACAACAUUGAAAUCUACCUUUGAAAAUCAACAACAUUCUAAUAGUGGUCCUACUACAAAUUGGAUGCCCAUCUCUCUUUCCUUUUCAAUCCAAGAUGGUUGCAUAUUUCCCACUUCUCUUCUUCAUUUUGCUAUCUAGUUUCCCAUCACAUGAUGCAUUCACGGGCACGUUCGGGGUGAACUACGGCCGGCUCGCGGACAACAUCCCCAAACCGGAAAGCGUUGUGACGCUCCUCAAGGCGAACAAGAUAAAAAACACCCGGAUCUACGACGCGGACCCUAGCGUCCUAAAGGCCUUCUCAGGGUCGGGGAUCGAGAUCAUCGUGGGCCUCGGGAACCAAUUCCUCCGCGACAUAAGCAUCAACCAAGACCGAGCCGUCGACUGGGUCAAGACCAACGUGGAGCCCUUCCUCCCGGGCACCUCCAUCACGGGGAUCGCGGUGGGGAACGAGGUCCUCGGGGGCGGGGACCCCGAGCUCUGGGAGGUCCUGGUCCCCGCGGUCCGCAACGUGUACAACGCCCUGACCCAGCUCCGCCUCGCCGACAAGAUCGAGGUGUCGAGCCCCCACUCCGCCGCCGUGUUCGCCACCACAUUCCCCCCCUCAGCAGGGGCGUUCAAGGAGUCCCUCCUCCCCUACAUGAGGCCUCUCCUCCGCUUCUUCUCCCACAUCGGCAGCCCCUUCUACAUCAACGCCUACCCUUUCCUGGCCUACAUAAGCGACCCUUCCCACAUCGACCUCAACUACGCCCUCUUCGAGAAGAACAAAGGCAUCUACGACGCCAAGACGAAGCUGCAUUACGACAACAUGUUUGAUGCGAUGGUGGAUGCGGCGUACGCGGCGCUGGAGAAGGUCGAUUUUCACCGGAUGGAGGUGAUCGUGUCGGAGACGGGGUGGGCGUCCAAGGGGGACGACAACGAGGCCGGGGCGACGGUGAACAACGCCAAGACUUACAAUGGGAAUCUGAAGAAGAGGCUGAUGAAGAAGAAGGGGACGCCUUAUAGGCCCAAGAGGGCCGUGAAGGCGUACGUUUUCGCGCUUUUUAACGAGAAUUCCAAGCCCGGGCCGACUUCGGAGAGGAACUUUGGCUUGUUUAAGGCGGAUGGAAGCACUGCUUAUGAUAUUGGGUUCACUGGCCUUGUUCCUAGCUCUGCUUCUUCUUCCUUUCUUGCCUCUAUUAAGACAUGGAUUUGGGUGCUUUGUGUUGUGGCUGGGGUUGUGAUGAGCUGAUUGAUCGAGGCUUAAAUUGGGUUGAUUCAUUGCUCAUGUUCAUAAUGAGUUUUCAGUGGAACAUGUAUUUUCUUUCUAUUUCAUUUGGUAUAUGAUACGGACAUUAUUCGAAAAUCAAUUAGUACUACUAGUUUGUGAAUGAUAA